AUGACUGCCAGUUCUCUCGUUAGCCAUGAUGAUUAUGGCGUUCAACAUCUUGAUCCGUGGGUCGAUACAUCACAAUAUGCACCAACACCUGGCAACUUCCGUUGGUCACCCGCCUCCCCGUCCGACAAAAGCUGCCUUAACGUCGAUCCCGUCUCCCCUGUUGAUUACGCUUCUCCAAAACAAACACAAAAGAACGGUCUUCCAUUACUCCAGUACGGUGAUUGGGAGGAAGGUCGAACAUACGACGAGGAUCCACCGACUUGUAUCCACUAUUUGAUCGAGUGGAAGAUCACUCUCAAUAACAGGACGGUGGCGAAAGAUACAGAACAAGAUCUGGUUCUAGCCCCUCGAUAUCACUGGAGGCUUUUUCUGCAACCAAAGCUAAAGGAGCUACUUGUACGAAAGUAUCCGUAUCGAAAACUCGAAUCGGAUGACACGUCUAUUGUCGUAUCCGCCACUCGGCAGAAGGGUUUCACUCUGAGAUUUGAUGGAACCGACGUUGAUUGGACCUCUAUAGAAAAACAGCUUUUGGAUUGGGGAGAGCUUUUUCUUGCUGGCAAGAAAUUGAGACUGGUUAUCUCAUUCAAUUAUAUGGAGAACACUUCGAGCUCAAACGUAAGCGGCAGGACGACUGAUAAACGAGGCACUUCGUCUGCUACCCAGCGGAUGCUUCAAGAGCGAGACCGACAGAUCUAUGCCGAGGAAGCAGCUUCCGGAGAGCCACCUGCCUGGAAAGAGGUAUAUGCGUUGAUGCGCUGUCCUGGGUCCUGUGAACUAGGCCCGCACUGUUGGCAGGAUCCUUAUGGGAAAAAACACUAUAAACUCUACCGGGAUCAGCUGGAGAGCUUGGUGAAAUAUGUGCAAAGCGGUGGGAUUUUACAGUCGCAUGAAGAUGUGCCUGGUACGAUUCGUGAGCAAAUCUAUAGAGCAGAGAGACAACGGCUCGACAGACCACGGGCCAAUAAUCGAUCUACUGCCGAAGCAAGCUACCCUCCCAUUACUAUCACAAAUGUGCUUCCCACACAAGCCCCGCAAGCACCGGGGGAGGACACUACUGCCUCUUCGGUCGAGGUUCCUGCCAUCCAUAUUCCAGGCCUUCUUGAUGUUGCUGUGAGAGAAUACAGCAGCUGGCAACAGUCACGUUUGGGUGAUGAGACAUUGAAGGCCGAGGUCAGAAAAGCGUGCGAUGUAGCCCUAGAUGAGGGACUGGACUUGGCGCAGAUUGAUGAAGACAAAGAUCCUAAUUACUUCAAGACGCGCGGUGUCAAGUGGGGUAUUGCUCGACGUUUUGUCAAGGACAUCAGGUAUUGGGCAGAGAAAUACUACGGAUGCGUGACAAGCGAUGCGGAUAUAUAG